AGCCAGCUGGGGUGAAACUCAGUCCACCACACUAGUAGCAAGGCAACCGAGUCAUGGCUAGUAUUCCUCCUCAGGCAAGGUCCAAACAGCUCCGAGCAUGCUUACUAUGUUCUAUCAUUCAACAUCCUAUGGAUUUUCGGAAGAAUGGUUGUCCAAAUUGCGAAGAGCUCAUGCAGAUGAAAGGCUCUCCUGACCGCAUAAGUGUUUGCACCACCACCUACUUCGAUGGUAUUAUUGCUGUCAUUGACACUGAAGCUAGUUGGGUUGCACGAUGGCAAAGGACAUCAAAGUAUGUUCGGGGAAUGUAUGCUGUCCGCGUGAAAGGUCGUAUUCCAGAAGAUGUAGAAGCUGAACUUGAGUCCCGUGGCAUCAAGUACCGUCCAAGAGACCAGAGUGAUCAGGAUUAGCAUGUUCUUAUAGUGUGUUGCAUUUCAUGUUACAGUUCAGUUUUGUCAAAAUUUACACUAGCUUCCUUAGUAGCAGAAUUAAUAGCUAGUAUAGAUCUUUGUUGUACGUCGCAUUGUUUACUCGCUAUGGCCCAUAGUUGCCGGAGCAGCGCCUGAGUCGGGAGCCUUGAAAUAUUUGAACAAGCAGCUGCAGAGACUUAUCGCUAGCGCUUACAUUCGAUCGCCUUUCA